CUUCCUUUUCACAUCCUCGUGUUACAAUGUUUUAAUAAAAGGGGUGGUAAUUGAUUAGGAAAUUCAAGUUUUGUUCAAAAUAACAACUUUUAGUUAAAAAUGGACGAGUACUAUCCAGGUUACGAAGCUCUAUCGUCUUACCUUAAAAAAUUCGACAAUCCAUCAUAUCGAAAUUUUUUGGAUCUCAACCGGGAGGAAGUAAUAAAAUCACCCCCUUUCACCGAAAACUGGGGUGGCUUAGAAAGUGCUUGGUCAAAUCGUUUUAUAAGAGCCGUGCAAACUCAUAUUCCGGAUAGAUUUGAAGAUAUAAAAUUAAAGGUUGAAGCCGAAUGUCGAAACCGUGGAUUAAAAUUAUAUUGGGACGAAAUUUUACGUGAAAGAGAGAAGAACAAUGUUAGGGAAAUACACAUUACUGGCAGUCUCAAACUCCUAGGUGCGUCUGGAAGGAGAAAUAUACAAGAGUUAUUAACUGAUGGGACUAUAUUGCCAAAACAAGACAUGGAUGAUCUCCCAAAGCCAGAAUUGUUGCAUCGGGAUGUACCUCAGGUUGAAGAGGGCGUCAAUGACGUUGAAGAUGAAAAUCAAGUAGAUACUAGUGAGGAGUCUGAAGAGGACCGUCCAAAAAUCAACAAGACGGCUUUUCAUGAGGCACACAAGUCCAUUCCUGAUUCUUCAAAAAUGCGAUUAAGCACAGGAAAAAUAGUAGAAGAUGUCCUCUUCGAUUUUUGUAGAAAUAUGGACUAUGAACAUCAUGCUCACUCAUACAUUAUAGAUUGUGAUGACGCGGAAAUUAAAUCAUUAUAUACUGAAACGGAAUGGAAGGAGCUAAUAAAAGAUCGGCUGGGACUUCCUAUUAAUCCUGCUCAUAUUGCAAAGGAAUUGUCGAAAUAUGCCAAGAAGACUUUAAGAGAAUUGCGCCAAAUCGUGAUGACACCGUAUCUUCAAGAUGAUAUUGAAUAUGAUGCUCAACAACAUUAUGAUAUGGAAUGGAUUCAAACGUCAUUAAGAACACUUACAAAUUUAUAUGAAAAUACAGACCAUCCUUUAGCACGGAGUCAUUACGAAGAUUGGACUGAUGCACCAUCGUUGGCUUCUGCCAACAGGAAAAAUCGUGCCAAGUUAACUAACGAACGGAAAUUCACUGGCAGAAAAAUAGAUGGAAUAAUAUAUAUUAUUGACAGGCUCCUUGAGAUCAUUAUGAUGAAUAAUUUAAACAUCAUAAGAGGUAUUCAGGAAAACAAUGCAAAUCCUGAGUCGGAAGAAACCAGCUUUUUAGAUGAGUUGACCGGAGUUGUCCAUUUAUCCCAACCGCCUACGCCUCCAUCUUUGAUUCAAUUUUUUGCUGAUAAUGAAAAGACCCCCAAAAAAGCCAAAAUUAAUCUAUUAGAAAAAUUAGUAGAAAUUUUUAAUUUUGGUUUGAGGAUAAUUAUCUUUCAUGUUUAUCAUUUAAAGAACGAAAAUUUGAAUUUGGAUGAUAACAGUCAAAUUAAAAAAGAAAACGAAAUUCUCAAGGUUGAAGUUUCACGCAUUAAUGAUAGUUUAGAAAAAUAUAAACUUAUAGCAGAUAAUCAGUUGAAAGAUUUUAAAAAUAAAUUGAAAGAAAAAGACGAAAAAUAUCAAUUCUUAAGAAUGUGAAAGAAACUGAGAGUAACUUGCUUA